CCCCCAUCUGUGCCCCUCCCCGCCCCCCAGGAGGUGUCCUGUAGAUGGGGGGUGACGCACCAGGCGCGGGUGGGAAGUCAGGGCCGGAGAGCAGAUGGGAGGCUCUGUGGGCAGACAUGCGGCCGAGGGCCUAGGAGCGAGCCCGGCUCUGCAAGCCCUUAAGUGGCCACUGUGUAGGGUCCCCAGCUAAGGGGCACUCUGGGGGACUGGGCAGGGAGAGGGGGCAGCAGAAUGAUGACCAACCUGGUGGCGAGAAGGGGAGCCUUCACCCCACUGCCAGGCCGCUAGCUGAGUGUCGAGCGUGCUUCCCGGGCCAUGGACAUCCCGGGCUCCCCCACACCGGUGCCCAUGACUGUGGAACCUGGCAACGCCUCCCUGGCCUGGCCCCCGGAUGCCACCCUGGGAAAUGGGUCGGCAGCCCCAAGCGCGGCAGGACUGGCCGUCCGCGGCAUUCUGAUCCCGCUGGUGUACCUGGUGGUGUGCGUGGUGGGCCUGCUGGGCAACUCCCUGGUCAUCUACGUGGUCCUGCGGCACUCGGCCAGCCCCUCGGUCACCAACGUCUACAUCCUCAACCUGGCGCUGGCCGACGAGCUCUUCAUGCUGGGGCUGCCCUUCCUGGCGGCCCAGAACGCCCUCUCCUACUGGCCCUUCGGCUCCCUCAUGUGCCGCCUGGUCAUGGCCGUGGACGGCAUCAACCAGUUCACCAGCAUCUUCUGCCUCACGGUCAUGAGCGUGGACCGCUACCUGGCUGUGGUGCACCCCACCCGCUCAGCCCGCUGGCGCACGGCCCCCGUGGCCCGCACGGUCAGCGCCGCUGUCUGGGUGGCCUCCGCGGUGGUGGUGUUGCCGGUGGUGGUCUUCUCGGGCGUGCCCCGGGGCAUGAGCACCUGCCACAUGCAGUGGCCCGAGCCGGCGGCCGCCUGGAGAACCGGCUUCAUCAUCUACACGGCCGCGCUGGGUUUCUUCGGGCCGCUGCUGGUCAUCUGCCUCUGCUACCUGCUCAUCCUGGUCAAGGUGCGCUCGGCCGGGCGGCGGGUGUGGGCGCCCUCGAGCCAGCGGCGGCGGCACUCGGAGCGCAGGGUCACGCGCAUGGUGGUGGCCGUGGUGGCGCUCUUCGUCCUCUGCUGGAUGCCCUUCUACGUGCUCAACAUCGUCAACGUGGUGUGCCCACUGCCCGAGGAGCCUGCCUUCUUCGGCCUCUACUUCCUGGUGGUGGCGCUGCCCUAUGCCAACAGCUGUGCCAACCCCAUUCUCUACGGCUUCCUGUCCUACCGCUUCAAGCAGGGCUUCCGCCGGGUCCUGCUCAGGCCUUCCCGCCGCGUGCGCAGCCAGGAGCCCGCAGCGGGGCCCCCGGAGAAGACCGAGGAGGAGGAUGAGGAUGAGGAGGACGGGGCGGGGGCUGGGAGGCAGGGCCCGGGCAGGGAGAUGAACGGCCGGGUCAGCCAGAUCACACAGCCGGGCACCAGCAGGCAGGAGCAGCCACGGAGCAGCGCGGCUGCCAAAGAGCAGCAGUUUCUACCCCAAGAGCCUGCAGCUGCAGAGAAGGCAGGUGCGCUGCACAUCAGCUAUCUGUAGGGCCUGGGGAGGGCCAGGGUGGCCCAGCGCAGGGCAGAGGCUGGGGUGCACCCAGGUUUGAGGCUCCAGAGGCCUGCUGAUGGGAGGUGCAGAGGCCUGGGCUUGGAUCCCAUGGCUGCCGAGACUGGCUGUUUGACCUUGGAUGGGUCAAUUCCCCUCUCUGGACCUCGCGUUUUCCUCUGUGACUCGGAUAGCAGUGACCAGCCUGGUUGGGCUCUGCCGGAGAAGUCUGGAAGGGCAUCACCUGGGCUGAGCUUCCUGAGGGGGGUCCACCAUGGGGAUAGCUGCAGACUGGUCUUCCUCCCUUGGAAGAUCAGCUGAGAUCUGGGUCCUCAGGGGGAUAAACCAAGGCCUGGAUUUCCUGGACUCAGAGUCAGGUUCACUGGAGAGGGACUGAGGCUCCAGGCUCACAGGAAGCUAGACGGCCUCCAGUUAGAAGAGGGCAUUUCAUGGUGGGAAGGAGGCUGUGUGUCUGUUCAGGCCACGUGUGCGCUCGCCCGCAACUGCUGCAAGGCCUUGAGCCAGCUCUUCUGGGCCUCAGGUCUCACCUCAACCCAAUCACCUCCAGGCCUCCUGGCCCAGAUGGCCAGUGCCAGGACUCCUGUGCCCCUGGAAAAGAGCAAGAGAGGCAGAUUUUCCAGGAAGUUGGUUUCAGCAGUCCAGCUUCAGGGUCUCUCACUGCUUGGCCCCUGCAAAGCCCUGGGUCUAAUUUUGUACCAGUAACUUUGUAUUCCAGCUCUUAAAGAGAGGCCCCAGGUUGCAUAAACCAGUUACCACAGCCUAGCUUGGCCCUGGUAGGGACAGCUGACCAAUUCCCAAAGCAGUUUGCUUUGCAUUUGUGGCUACAAGGGGGUCUUGAGGUUUUGUGGGGGUGCCAGGUACCUCCUCACAGGAGGACUCAUCCUGGCUCCUCUCCUCGUAGAGGCCAAAGCCGGGCUUCCAUGCAGACCGGCAACAGAGAGGUGGAGUCUUGGCCUGACUGGGUGCUGGUGCUGGCCCAAUCAGCCCCAAGGAAAGGAUGCAAUCAGAUUGGGAAGGCAGAUGCCCUGAAAGUCACUGGUCCAGCCCCUUUGGGUGCUCGUCGGGGCUGGUAAGGAGGUCUGGGCCUUGAUGCAAGGCCGGGAUCAUUAUUGGGAAGCAGGGCCUGGUUCCCUGAAGAGGUUGGAAGGAGUGGGGUGCCCCCAGGGGGGCUGGAGAACAGGCUUCCCCACCCUUUAGAUUUUCCUGGAGAGACAAAUCCAAAGGUCCAGGGAAAACAGACAAUAGGGAGCUGGAGUGGGACCCUAGGGAGAGUCGCUGUCCAGGGCUGGAUCUGGACUGGCCUGAUUCCCUCCCAGAGAUGGCCCCUCAAAGCCACAGUGAGACUGGGCCUGGGAGGUGGGGCCUCAGGCUAGCUCCUGGCCCCCACCCUGCAGAACACAGAGGUCCUCAGGGAAUGCACAUGAGCCACAAGCUGGGAGACCUAGCUCUUCAACUCACCUCAGCAGCCUGGCAAGCCUUGACCUCCUGGGCCUCAGUUCCCAUCACAAAUGGAAGCGGUUGUCCCAACUUGUCUGCCUCUGGACAUUUGGGAGCUUAAAAGAGUUAUGUUGGGUAAAUUGUCACCAAUACUGCAAUUAGGGGAGGGGUAUAUAAGAUUAGAAAGUGGAGUGGCCCCUGCCAAGCUUGGCCGACACCCACUUUCUCCUUCCUGGAGAAAGGCCUGGAGUGGCCUGUCUUUAGCUCUUGGGGGCGAAGACAGUGCAGGGCAUGAGAAAUGGAGGUCAGAGGCCAGGGGCCAGGGAGGAGGGUUUGGAGAGAGUAUAGGCCUCCCACGGGGAUGGAAGUUCAUGAAACCAGAGCUGGUGUGGAUGCUGCGGCCAGCCCUGGUUGGAGCUGGGGGUCAGCGGGAGGAAGGCCUGGGCUGGCAUUCCAGCGUGUCCCCCCUUGACCUGCCUUCCUGACUCUUGGGUGCAAGUGCAAGAGGGAUCCCGUGCUGCUUCUGUCCCAGCUUUUGUCUAUAAAGAUGGGGACCUGAGACAACGGCCAUGGCCUGGGCCUCUGCCAGGCGUUGUGUCUGGAUUCGUGGUGUGUGUGUGUGUGUGUGUGUGUGUGUGUGUGUGUACUGAGUCCACCUCUAUCAGGAUGCUUCCUCUGUCCCUCUGCCACCUUGGUGUGCCCAGGCCCCUUUGUGUGUGGCUCCCAAGGUCCUCUGGGGAGCAUGAAUGAUGUCUCAGCAGGUCUCAGCCUAUAUCCUUACAGAUCUUGAUGCAAAAGCAGCACAUGCAUCUCUUCCAGCGUUCAAAUAGCAAAUCUCAUGGAAGAAAGCUGAUUGCUUCAAAGUGAAUCGCAUGAUGGCGCCUUGGGCCAGUCACCAAAGACAAAGUGAUGGGGUGCGGUGAUUGGUCACAUACCAGUCCUUUCCACCAGAGACAAGGUGGGGCACUGUGAUGGACAGUCUGGCCUGAUCAACAGUAUGGGGGUGGGUCAGGGACUGACCAAUGGCAAGGGGAGGCAGCCAUUCAGAAGCAGCAGUGGUCUGGGUGUGUGUCUGAGCUGCUGCAGGGUGCACAUAGUAGGCACUCAGGGUGUCUCAGCUGGAGCCACAGGGGUACUGGGGCCUUAACACCAACGGCCUGCUGUGCUGGGGCAGGUGUGCAUGGGGUGGGAGUAGAGGGACUGGUGGGUGCUGGGUGUUGCCUGGGAGGCCAGGGAACUGUCUCUGGACACCAGGGCCAGUGCUUCCCCACCACAUUGAGUGGCCUGUGCACACUCUCAUGCACACGUGCAUGUGGACAUCCCGCUAAACAGGCUGCGACUGACGAGUCUCUGUUCCCAGGACCUGGUCCUUCAUGAAAUAUUUGGAAUCAAUGGAUAAAUAAAAGAAUGGGGGAGUUCCA